ACAUGGAAUCAUAGCUAAUGCAGUAUACCAUCAUCUUGUAAGUGACGUCAGAUCACCACCUAUAAAAGUAGUGGACCUGAACGAAAAUCUUUCUUUUAAAAGUGUUGGAUAUUUUCGCGAGGCGGCUCUUUUUUCGGCGGUUUUGACCCUUCAACGUGGUUUUUUUUUUUUGCUGUGGUGUGUGCUAAGUAUUAGUGGUGAGAAUCAUGGCCAAGUUAGCGGCUAUAUUUUUGAUGUGUCUAUCGCUUCAAUGCGCAUGGUCUUAUUAUGAUUACACCAGCCGACAAAGCUAUCAACCGAAGGUGAUCUAUCGCCACCAUGUUGCACCAUACCAACCUCGAGCCACAGCUAUGCAUCCUGUUCACAUCAGACCCGUCCCAAUGUCCCCAUAUGGCUCAAUGGCAAUUCCUUUUGGCCGAUCAGCAAUGCCCUUCCAAGCUAUGUCAGCAGCACCCAUGUCUUACUGGUCACCACCUCAGUCAAUGUUCAACCACAUGCCUUAUUCAUCCCCAGCAGCUAGUCAACACAGCGGCUAUUUCAGUAGCUCUCCCUUAUCACCACCUUCAGUCCCUAGAUUCCCUAUCAAUGAUAUGGUCAGUUCCUACAACUCACAUUUCAAUCCACACCCAUCAAAACCAUCUUUCUUAACCAAGAUUAAACCCUUCCUUUUUGGAAAUUCUGGCCCGAGGUCAUUGCCCCAUGAUCCAUACUAUCCAAACCAUUUCCCCCCACACCAAUUCGCACCAAACAAGCCUUUCCAGAAUAGACCUUCAGCUCACCAUGCAUACCCAGUGUACAGCUCUCCUGUAAUGCAUCAUUCCCAUGGCAUGAUGUCACCAGAGAAGUCAUGUUCUUGUUCUCUGCAUGUCGGACAACUGACUGUCUACAAGCACACCGAUAUGAGGUCCUCCUAUUCUUGUGAUGACCUCAAAGACUGCAAUUCAUUCUGCACUAAUUUGUUCAGCAGCGAAGACCUCAGAGCCCAAACUCGAUCUGAUGCUUGCCUCAUCAUAGGAAAGGACGUCACAGUGCCUUGGUUCCGAAGAGACCAUGUCUGCGAACCUCACGGAGUUAAAAACGAUACAAAAUUAUCCGUUGACUUGUGCUGCAAGAAUUUACAACCAUGCUGAGUGGAUUGCAGCCUGCGAUUUAAUUUAUGUUAUAUACAACAAAUUUUUUGUCUUUCCCCACAGUUCAAACAUCCAAGAGAAAGUACUUCUCAUGGGUUCAGGCAAGAUAAGGAAAAACAAAUCUAAGAUAAGGGAAAGGAUUUCAGUCUGUGCCAAAAUGUAUCAGUAAUUGAUAGGAUCACAAUAUGUAUUAUGUAUUGUUAUAUAAUGAUGGAAGUAAAGAUUCUUGUAAAAUCUCUUGAACGAUAGCAGUGGAAAAUUUUCAGUGCAAUCCUAUGGUAUCUGAGAUAAAAAUGAAUAUGUAAAGUAUAAGUAAACUUGAAUAUAAAUAUAUGUAAAGGUAACUUGAAAUGUAGAAUUUAGUUUGAAAAAAAAGCAAUAAUGGUGAGAAUAUGUGUAAAAUACAGAGCAAAUUUUACUAUCGAAUGAUUUACAAAAUAAUAAUUAUAAGUCAAAAUAAUAUGUUUAGAUUUUCAUUCAUAAAAAAGUAAUUGCAAAAAUUGCAGCCAAAUUACAAAAUUUAUUAAA